AUGAACGGUAUCCGUCAGGUCCAGGCGCUCAACAAGCGCGAACUCGAAAAUGCCAUACCCCCUGAAGCCUCAUGGCACGCAGACUACCGGGAUACAGCUUAUAUCUACAUUGGUGGUCUCCCUUUUGACCUCUCCGAGGGUGACGUAGUAACAAUCUUUUCGCAAUUUGGAGAGCCAGUCCAUGUGAACCUUGUACGCGACAAAGAGACAGGAAAGAGUCGAGGAUUUGCAUUUCUGAAAUACGAGGACCAGCGCAGUACCGAUCUAGCUGUCGAUAAUCUGGGCGGAGCGACCGUUCUAGGAAGAUUACUUCGGGUGGAUCAUGUGAGAUACAAGAAACGCGAUGAUGAGGAAGAGGGAGAUAAUGUUGCACGAUUGAUGGGGGAUACCGAUGCUAAAGACGGGGAGGAUAGCAGACGGAAGAAGAGAAGGACCAGCGAGGACGAACCCCACAGGCGGCCUCUUCUGCAAGAGGAAAUCGAACUUCAGAAACUCAUGCAAGAGCACGACGAGGAGGAUCCGAUGAAGGAAUUUCUCAUUGAGGAGAAAAAGGAAGAGGUCUCUCGAGCUUUGGUGAAGGCGCGAAGCAGCGAGAAGCGAUCAUCUCGAAGACGAGAUGACAGCCGGGAGAGAUCAAGUCGUCAUCACCGUCAUCACCGUCGCCGGGACGAGGGAAGAUCUGACUCCAAAGAAAGACGCCAUCGGGACCGUCGCUCACCAUCGAGGGAAAGACGCUCUUACAGAGACAGCUCGCCGUCAAGGAAAGAAAAGUCUCGUAGGGAUAGAUCGCCGAGGUCAAGAUCCCCCGACUCACGACACCGAGAUAGACGCGAACGGCGCCGAUGA